GUACUUUGUACUCACCUUUCUUGCAGCUCCAACAUCUUGGAAUUUUCUGGCGCACAUUCAGAAAUCACAGAGACAAGCAAAGCUACUCGGGUAAUGAUGCUUACAGGGGACAUUCCACCCAACCAAACUAUUUACAUUAAGAACAUUAAUGAGAAGGUCAAGAAAGAAGAGCUAAAGAGGUCUCUUUAUUGCUUGUUCUCGCAGUACGGGAGGAUUGUGGAUAUAGUAGCGCUGAAGACUCCCAAACUUAGAGGACAAGCAUGGGUUGUGUUUAGUGAAGUUACAGCUGCCAGUAAUGCUGUGAGGCAAAUGCAAAACUUCCCGUUUUACGACAAACCAAUGCGGAUACAAUAUGCUAAAUCGAAGUCAGAUUGUAUUGCUAAGGCAGAGGGGACCUAUGACAAGAAAAAGAAACAAGAGGAAAAAGUGGAAAAAAGGAAACGUACUGAAGAAACUCCGCAAACUGGUGCAGCUAAUGGCCCAAGGGCUGACAGUAAUGGAGGUCCAGCUGCUGCAUCUCGACAAGGAAAGCCUAGUGCGGAAGAUGUUGCAGAACCAAAUAAUAUUCUCUUUAUACAGAAUCUGCCCCACGAGACAACAAGCAUGAUGCUUGAAGUGCUCUUCAAACAGUAUCCUGGCUUCAGAGAAGUUCGAAUGAUUGAAGCGAAGCCAGGUAUUGCGUUUGUGGAAUUUGACGAUGAUGUCCAGUCUUCGGUCGCCAUGCAGGCCCUUCAAGGCUUCAAAAUCACCCCCCAAAAUCCCAUGGCUAUCACCUAUGCCAAGAAAUGAGCAGUCUUAAUUCCAGAACAUGCUAUAUGUCAUGUUGAGAAAAUGCAGCAACUGAAGAUCUUUAGGGGUCGUUUGGUACAAGAAUAGUGCUGAACAUGGUGUACUAGUAAUGCAUUAGUUAUGCUGAGAUUAUUUGUUAUCGACUAUUUGGUUCGGUGUAUUAACAAUUAUAUGCAUUGCAUAAUUUCUAAAAGAAAUUGCUUAUUUACAAAAA